AUGAAGCAAAACAAAGGGCACAUCGUGGUGGUAACAUAUCCCCUGCAAGGGCAUGCAGCCCCCAUGGUGAAACUGUCGCAAAAGAUAGCGGAGCAAGGCGUAAAGGUGACAUUUGUGACGACGGAAUUCACAAGCGCCGGCAUAGCGGAGUCGAUGGGAGAUGGCGAGAGAUUCCGGGUAGUGUCGGUUCCCGAUGGGCUGGAAGCCGGAGAUGAUCGGAAUGACCAGCGGAAAGUGUCGGAGGGUGUGAGGAGAGUGAUGGGUGGUGAGUUGGAGAAAUUAUUAUUGGUGAAAGAUAAUGAUGAUGAGAAGGUUAGUGGUGUGGUUGUUGAUGUACCAUUGGGAUGGGCUUUGGAUAUUCCUAAGAAGAUGGGGAUAAAGACUGCUGUUUAUUGGGGUUCUACACCUGGAUGCUUGGCUUUAGGGCUCAAGAUCCCUCAACUCAUUGAAGGCAAUGUCAUUGACAAUCAAGGGAAACAAUUGAAGAAUGAAAAGAUCCAACUUCUCCCUGAUUUUCCAGCCAUUUCUCCAACGGAAUAUCCAUGGUACCAUCCUCAUAACCAUGACACGCAAAAGGCAAUAUUCCAAUCAAUCACAACCAUUGUCCAAACAAUUGCAACUUCAGAUCACUACAUAAUCACAAACUGGUUCCCUGACCUUGCCCCAUCAGCCUCUAAUCUCAUUCCAAAUCUCUUGCCUGUUGGUCCCUUGCUAAGCCAUGGCCAAUCCUCCGGAAGUUUCUGCCCCGAGGACUCGAGUUGCCUAAGCUGGCUAGACAACCAGGCCCCGGGCUCAGUCACCUACGUAGCCUUCGGCAGCACCACAAGAUUCACCCAAGACCAGGUAGCCGAGCUAGCCAGAGGGCUGGAGAUAAUGGAUACCCCUUUCUUGUGGGUUGCUUGGUCAGGGCUCACCAAUGGGUCCUUUUCAUUGGGCUCACAAGAUUUCAUGCACGGAUUGGGACGUCGGGGGAAAGUCGUCGACUGGGCGCCUCAAGAAAAGGUCUUAAACCACCCCGCAAUUGCCUGCUUUUUAACGCAUUGUGGGUGGAGCUCUAGUAUGGAGAGCCUUGUUUCCGGGGUGCCAUUUCUGUGUUGGCCUUAUUUCGAAGACCAAUUGUACACGCAGACUUGUGUUUGUGAGAAAUGGAAGGUUGGACUGUCGUUAAGUCCAGCCCAGAAUGGCAUCAUAUCUGCCGAUGAGAUCAAGAACAAAGUGCACCGUCUCUUGUCUGAUCACACCAUCAAACAAAACGCACUAGAGUUCAAGAAUUUGGCUCUCAAUAGCAUCGGUCAAAACGGAUCUUCAACCAAAAAUUUACAAUAUCUGCUACAACAGAUCACAUGA